UGUUGGUGCACCCGGAAGAAGGUGUUGUUGUCGCUCGGAAUCACGCAACUUUUUGACAGCGGCGAGCUGUGAGUGCUCGCGGCAGAGCCAGUGGAAUGAGUGUCGUCGAUGUGUAGAGCACGCGGUGGAGGUUGAGGCAGGUCUGAAAAUUGUGGGGGUGCUUGAGGGAUCCAGAGAAGGCACGGGGGGAAAUAGGACACUCGUGGGAGCGAGUUGUGCUCCAGAAAAGAUUGAAGAAAAAACGAGGAAAAUCUUCGCUCAUCAUGCGAUGCCACGGUCUCUGGUGUUUUUGAUUAUUUUCUUGCGCAAAGUGUGACGUUUCGAGGCGAGUGACAGCUGGCGCGGCGUCAAAUCCGCGCCCGUUCCAGACAGGGACUGGUGUCAGCCGGAUAAGCUGCAGGGAAGAAGUGCUAAUAACGCGCUGUCAGUCAGAUUAAGGGCAACGAGAGCAAGCAAUUUUCUGGGUGGUGGCGAUGUAAACAAGCACCUCCCGCCUGCAGAAGCUGACAACUGUGUGAGUGGUGCUCGUGACAGACGCCGUCAGCGGGAUGAGCACUGGAUUUGUUUGUUGGUAAACAACACGGUGAAGCAGGAAGAGUCAAAGUUUGCUGGAGUUCGUUCAACUGGAUAACAAAUUCUUCACCGGAACUUGUUUGUAUUUGCAUAUUCUCCAACGAGUACCGUUCAAGCUUGAAUUAAAGCACAUUUAUGAAUCAGAAUGUGCUGUGUUACAAACCCACACCGUUGCAACCAGUUAAAUGAACAUGUGGGAGUGUGAUUAAUGAAUGAAAAGGAGGAAAAAACAGUGUGAAAAUCCACCCUACUUUUGUCACGCAGGGCUUCGUCCUGGCGAUGGUUCUUUUGUUCGUGAAGAAGCCACAGGAAAAAAGUGAAAAAAAAAAUAAAUGUAGGAUGUGUGAAUCCCGAAGGAAACAAUAGUCCCACCCACAGCCGAAGCGGAUUAAGUGGACCGUCCGGGCGAGGAAUUCCAGCCUAAGUUGAGGGAGGGGGUGGCUUAAGCGUCAAGUGUGUUGUUCAAAACUCUAAAAAUUCCGCUCUGGUGACAACGAAACUCGCGCGGCAAGUGUUGUUUUCGGAAGGUUGUUUAUUUUCCCGGUAUUCCGUUUUAUUUCCCCGAAAAAGUUGUGAGCAAAAAAUGCUCCCAUUCGAUCGUUCAACAAAAACAACAACAACAGCAACGGCAAUUUCGGCUCAACUGACCAACGGCAGGUGCAAUGCGACCACAGCAGUACAAAAAUGGCGAAUGUUGUUCCGGUGUUGUUGAGGCCACGAUGGCUAGGACGGCGAACGGUUGGGGAAGUGCGACGGAGCGGCAGCGGCGGCGGCCCCGUCGACACGGUCUGGGAUUUAUGGCCGGAUUGGUCGCGUUGCUAGUGGCCACCGUGGCAGCGACCGGACUGAUGGGAGCCGGUGCGAGCAGAGUUUUCGACACCGAGAUCCAGAGCGUUCUGCGGUACGUGGCCGUCGCCGGCCGGAACGUAACCCUGGGCUGCCCGGGCGUCAGCGAGCGCUCGCUGGUGGACAGCCUGGUCUGGCGGACGCCGUCGCAAACCGUGGCCGAGUACGCGUCCGGGAUGCCCCAGCUGGUCGUCAGCACCAGGAUCACGCUGCUUCCGGAUAACUUCAGUCUGCACUUUAACCCGGCAUUUGCGUCCGACUCGGCCGAGUACAGCUGCCUGGUGAACGACCGGCACAGCCCGGAAGCGCUGGUGGAGUUGAUUGUGCAAGAUGUUCCGGACGCGCCGGGCCGCCCACUGGUCGUCAGCUUCACCUCCCGGUCCGUGGACCUGUCCUGGGCGUACUCGCAGGAUCCUCGGAACGCGCCCAUCAAGCAUUUCGUCAUCGAAACAAGAAUCGGCGAAAACGGCGACUGGGACCAGGUGGAGCCAAUCUUCACCAAGGGCAGCCAGUCGUCGCACCAGGUGACCGGCCUCGUCCCGUUCACCGUGUACAGCUUCCGGGUGGUGGCCGUCAACGAGCACGGCCACAGCUCACCCUCGAAGGAGUCCUACUACUUCGUGACGCUGCGGGAAGCCCCCACCGGCAAACCGGUAACGACGAUCGCCCACAACACUUCCGCCACGUCGGUGUACGUCUCGUGGAAAUCGCCGCCACCGGAGACGAUAUUCGGCGAGUUCCUCGGCUACCGGAUCACGUACCGCACGCGGGACAAAAACCCCGAGGACGACGCCCAGGAGAUCUACAUCCGUGACAGCACUGUCGAGAGCCACGAGAUACAUAACCUUGAAACAUACACCCAGUACCUGGUGUCGAUCCAGGUGUUCAACCCGGAGGGGCUCGGGCCGCCGACGACGGUGCUGGUCAUGACCGACGAGGGCGUUCCCAGCAAACCGUUGAAUCUGAGCGUGCUUGAGGUGACCUCCACAACGAUCAAGAUCACGUGGCGUGAGCCAGAGAAACUGAACGGGGCGAUCCAUGGGUACCGGGUUUACUACGUGCACCAGAACCAAACACUGCUGCAUCUGCCGAUCCUGAAGGCGGAAGCCGCCGUCAACUCGGUCUACACCUACACGCUAUCAAACUUGAAACCCUACACCGACUACAAGAUCAUCGUGGCCGCGUUCACCAAAAAGUUCGACGGCGAGCCGUCCGAGGUCUCGCAGCGGACGGACAUUGCCGGGCCGAGCGCCCCCAAGGUGGUCAACCUGACGUGCCACUCGCAGGACGCGCUCUUCUUCGGGUGGCGCAUCCCGCAGACGUACUACAACACCAUCGACUACUACAUUAUCAGCUAUCGAAACGUGGUAUAUGCCGACUUCCGGGAGAUCCGGAUCACGGCAAAUGCAUCCAUCGUGGAGACCUCGAUGAUCAUCCCCAACCUGACCACCAACUCGUUGUACGAGGUUAAGGUUCGGGCAGCCUCCACCAGCGUGAUCAACCCGAAGCAGAUCAUCCUUGGGUCGUACUCGGAGCCCAAGAAGAUCAACGUGCAGCUCAACUGCGAAAAAAUCCCACCGCCGUCGCAACGGCAAUCGUACAACGACUACAACCUGGCCGUCAUGAUCGGCAUCCUGAUCUGCUGCUUCGGGCUGCUGUUCAUCGUGCUGACCAUCCUUCUGUGGAAGAAAUGCUUCCACGCGGCCUACUACUACCUGGACGACCCGCCGGCCUGCGGCAACUCGGGCGGUGGCAACUCGGCCGGCAUCGUCGACUGGGAGGCGCCGUGCGAGGUGGCGGGCGAGAUGCGCUCGUCGAUUCCGGUGUGCGAGUUCGCCAAGCAUGUGGCGGCGCUGCACGUGGACGGCGACAUCGGCUUCAGCAAAGAGUACGAGGCGAUCCAGGGCGAGGCGCUCAGCGACGAGUACCCGUCGGAGCACUCGCAGCACCCGGACAACAAGGCCAAGAACCGGUACCUGAACGUGAUUGCUUAUGAUCACAGCAGAGUUCACCUGCGGCAAGUUCCGGGCCAGAAGAAGCAUCUGGACUACAUCAAUGCGAACUUCAUCGAUGGGUACCAGAAGCCGCGGGCGUUCAUCGGGACGCAGGGUCCGCUGCCGUGCACGUUUGACUGCUUCUGGCGGAUGAUCUGGGAGCAACGGGUAGCGAUCAUUGUGAUGAUAACGAAUCUAGUCGAGCGGGGUCGCCGAAAGUGCGACAUGUACUGGCCUAAGGACGGUACCGAGAUGUACGGCGUGAUCGCGGUCAAGCUGAUCCGGGAGGAGGUGAUGGCGACGUACACGGUGCGGACGUUCCAGAUCAAGCACACCAAGCUUAAGAAGAAGAAGGCCUCGCAGACGGAGAAGCUGGUCUACCAGUACCACUACACGAACUGGCCGGACCACGGAACGCCCGAUCAUCCGCUGCCGGUGAUCAACUUUGUGAAGAAGUCUACGGCGGCCAACCCCGCGGACGCCGGCCCAAUCGUGGUGCAUUGCAGCGCCGGAGUGGGCCGAACCGGAACGUACAUCGUGAUAGACGCCAUGCUGAAGCAGAUUGAGGCCAAGAACCAGUUGAACGUGUUUGGCUUUCUUCGGUACAUCCGCGCCCAGCGGAACUACCUGGUGCAAACGGAGGAGCAGUACAUCUUCAUCCACGAUGCGCUCGUCGAGGCGAUCGACAGCGGGGAAACGAACAUCAAGAUGGACGCGAUUGGGGGAGUGGUGAACCACAUUGAGUUCAUUGACAGCCAGUACAAGGUGGGCGCUUCUUUGGGUAUCCAACGGAAGCUGACUAACAAGAUCAUUCUCACCCCCUUCACACAGUUCAUCACAAGUUACCAGCCAAAGGAGAUCAACCUGACGUCGGCGCUAAAGCCGGUCAACGCCAUCAAGAACCGCAGCUCGCUGGUUCCGCUCGAGGGCAGCCGCGUCCACCUGACGCCCAAGCCGGGCGUCGAGGGCAGCGACUACAUCAACGCCACCUGGCUGCACGGCUACCGCCGGUUACGGGACUUUAUCGUGACGCAGCACCCGCUCAUCGACACCUUCAAGGACUUUUGGCAGAUGGUGUGGGAUCACAACGCCCAGACCGUGGUGCUGCUCUCCUCCGCCGACAAUAUGUCCUUCCUGCAGUUCUGGCCGAACGAGUCGGAGCCGAUCGAGAGCGACUACUACCGGAUCCGGCUCGUGUCGGAGACGUCCGAGAACGACUACAUCGUGCGGAACUUUGUCAUCCAGUCCAUCCAGGACGACUACGAGCUGAGCGUGCGCAUGUUCGAGAACCCGAUGUGGCCCGAUAUGGCGCAGCCGCGGUCCAUCUUUGACUUUGCGGUGCGGGUGCACGAGCGGUGCGCAGAGUACCGGAACGGGCCGAUCGUGAUCGUGGACAGAUACGGCGGCUUCCAGGCGUGCCAGUUCUGCUGCAUCAGCUCGCUCGCGAUGCAGCUCGAGUACGACCAGACGGCGAACGUGUACACGUACGCGAAGCUGUUCCACAACAAGCGGCCGGGCAUCUGGAGCUCGUACGAGGACAUCCGGCAGAUCUACCGGAUACUGUCGUACAUGCCGAAGGAGCUGGGCCUGCUCAAGUGCACCGAGCUGCGGACGGAGUUUGACGAGGCGGCCAUCAUGACGGCGACGCCCGACCUUUACAGUAAGAUAUGCAGCAACGGUAGUAUUAACACGCAUUUGAACAGUGGGCCGGGCGGCGGUGGCCAGGGUGGCGGCGGGCCGGACGGGGGCCCUACGGGGAAUGGGACGGAACGGAACGGUGGGCCACCGCAGGCCACGGCCAUCCAGAACGGGGGAACGGUGAUUGUGAAGAUGAACGGCGAGGAUAAUGACGAGCUGUCGGUGGUGGUGGCCACCAGCAACCAUCUGAACCUGGACCACAAUCAGACGUAAGCAGUGGCCAUUCCGAAUGAGAGAGGCGCGGGACGACGUAAGUUAACCAGCAAGUGUGUGUGUGUAUUAGUCAUGUGUCUGUAUAGUUUUACGCGCGAGUUGCGAUUAUUGAGGAAUGCUCCAGUUGUAUUUUUCAGGCUGAGACAACAGAAAACGAUAUUAUUUAUUUAACAAGUUUGCGGUCGGCAAACGAUAAAUGCGACUAAGACGAAAUUAAAGUGUUUUUGCUCCACUACUUUUGUUGAAACAUUUUUUUGUUUUUGUUUGGAAGAAUCUGGAAAGAUCGGUUGGAUUUGCAGAAACGGAAAAAGUCGAGCAGUUUUGACAGUUCGGACUCAAAUCUGCACGAGCAGUUGUUACUGCAACAAGUUAAAACACGAACACGACCGCACGAAUCGAGCAAUUUUUGGCAAACUGACAAAUACUGCUCGACUGCGUUGGUGCCCUCCAACUCUAGUCGGAAAUUGCGAGCAAAACUGCGCGGAACACGCACAAAUUCUCUUCUCAAAACAUUGCCACGGCAACGGAUAAAAAUAUCUAGGUUAGAGGUAGGCUUUUUAUUCUACGACGAGGUAAACUCUUUUCGUUUACUGUACAUAGUUAGGAUCUCGCAUGUGAUUCCAGUGAUUUAAGGUUACACGCGCAGCUGCAGUGCCGCUCAGGGCUCCGCGCAAAUUAGAAUAAUUGGAUAAGACAUCGGUUGAUUGGCUAACACAACACUCUAAACAAUUGAAAUGAAAUCUUUCUAAUUUUGACAAAUUUAUUCUGUCAAAAUCUGAAAAAAACAGUAAGUUCGGUGAUUAGACGGAUUCCAAUCGAAAAACAUAACCUAGAAGUGACAAAACUUGAAAGUUUUUGCUAGAGUUUGCUGAAAUUUGGCUAAAUUGAGACGCCCUUCGAGGUUUUGGCUCUUGCAACCUGAAGUUCGAAGGAGCGGAACACUAAAAAUAAAGAACAAGACUGGUUUUUACGUUCUUUUUGUAAAGUUACAUGAGCGAACGAAAUUCACAAAACAAAAACAAACUUCGGCAUCACUUACUAAUAGAUACAGACUCACAAACUCACUACACAAACAACUUAUCAAUAGUUGCUGAUCUUAGUAUGAAGUAUAACCUCCUAAAACGAUACAAAGUUUAGCACCCUAAACACAGGCGCAAAAUAGAGAAAAAGGGAAAGUCAUGUUUGUGCUUGCAUCAAUCUGCGGGUCAGUGCCAAAACGUCAUCCAGCUGUCGUUCAUCGUCGUAGCAGGCCGUCUGUUCAGCAGAGUUGGUCGCCGCCAUUUUUGGUUUUAACCCUUAAUCCUUUUCUUAAUGUUUUAUUCUUUAUACAUAAUUUUGUUUUUUUGGUUACACACACAAAAUUAAAAUGCUCGAGCUGUUAAUUUUGUAUCAUUUUAUGUAGAUUAGAUCGUAUAUUUCAUACUGUAAGAAAACACGGAAAAAAGCUGGAAACUUGAACCCGGUUAUCAUUUACAAAUUGAUCUUGCUAUUUCUCCUUUCAUUGAAUCGGCAAAACUUCUUGAUCGACUUUAGGCUGGAUUUUGCAUUAUUAAUUGAAUACACUGAGUUCGAUACACAACUAUUAAAUACAUAACUAUAAAUAAAUUUUAUCUCAGCGACCUUACCAUAACUGCACUCACACUAACAAAAUCGAAGCAAAAUGCACACCUACUCAAAGUUAUGACCUUGUUCCUUACUAUGGUUAAUCGAAAAUUUAAAACUGAAUUGUUGAGCAAUUGAAAACGUCCACGAAAAAAGUUCUUUAUUUAAACAAACGAAUUCCGUACUAAAAAUCAUUACAUUACUAGAGAAAAACAUUUCAAACCCAUCCGUAGACGCUGCAACGAUUAGCUAUCAUUCACACAAAAUAUAAAAAAAAACACCCAUACACAAACAAAACGAUGUAGAACAAUUGGAAAGGUAACACUAAAUUCCGCGAAAUCGUUUAAGGGUAAAGUCAUUCGUAGUAGUGAAAUUCGUCGUAACUUCGAGCGUAACAACACACAAACAAACAAAAACAAAACAAAACGCGCUAUAGUUGAAAUAUAUUCCUCCCCCUUUCCCACUAUUAUAUUUAAAAAAUCUAGUAAUUAAAAAGUUGCCAGGAGUAUAAGAUUAAACCGAAAGAAGCAAAAAAAAUUAAAUAAAAAGAGAUUUUAUAAAUCUUAUGAGAUAUUCUCACAUCUGCGUUUCUUUUUGUACCACGAUUAUUAUUGAACCGCAAAACAAAAAAAUAAUUAUCAUUAGAGAGAAGACAAACUCCGUUUGAUGAAUUUCGUGCAAAAAUAAUUUCAGGGGAGUUCCUCUGAAUGAAGGGUGCAGGAAAAAAAGCAGCAAAACACAAUAUUUGACUGACGAAACAAAAGGUAAGCGGAGAAAGCAAGCAAAAUAGUAGGAAAAAGCUAUUAAGUAGGAAUUAUGAAAAUUUAGCGUAACGUACCAGUAAAGAAAAGAUAAGAUUAAAGAAUGAACAAAAA